UUGUAAAUCUUUCUAGGAACACCAUGAGUGAUUCAGAACAACAAGAAUCAGAUAAAGUGAGUGAAGCUCAGUGGCCUGAGAAUGGAGGGUCAUGGAGUGACACAGAGAAUGAGGCGGGGAUGGACAGUGAUCUGCUGCAGGCCAUGGCUGAGGAAGACGAGGAGAUAAACAUCUUUAACGAGGAAACAUUUGGGAUGGAUGUUGACCCAAACGGGACGGCAAACUCCUUAGACAAUGGUGGUAUUUCAUUCGGAGAGCCACUGCCUUCGACACCACCACCGAAUACGGACCCCAAACCCUUGUCCCCCAGCACAUCCCCUCCAUCCCCUCCCAGGCAGAGGCCUCAGUAUCUGCCACAGUAUCCAGCCCGGGCUGCCCAAUGGCAGCGGAUCAGAGGACCGAGGUGGAGGGGAGGACUGGGCAGGGGGCAGAUGUUUGAUGACCCAGCUGUGAUGAGGAUAGUGGAGGGACGUCCAAGCCUGAUGAGUGUCGACAGCGCUAUAGUGGACUGUGGUCAUGCAGUGUACAGAAAUACCUCUCUGGACAAUAGAACGCAGCCCCCCUACUGGAAAAACAGGAGAGCACCUGCAUCGAUACUCCAGGACAGUGCCAUAGUGUGUGUGAUUGGCCACAGAGCGCGGGGUCAACGUGUGAACUCUGACCUUCUGGACCUGUCAUACCCUGUCUCUUCCUAUGGAGAAAAGAGAGGAGGACCCUACAAUCGAAUGCUGUUUGGCCAAAGAGGGCCCUCUCAGAUGCAUUCACCAAUGAUGCCAAGGUCACCCAUCUUCUCACGUCAACCAUUGACCCCACGGCAACAUUUCAACCAGACAGGAGGCUUCAUGUUUCCACCAAAUCGUCCUUGUCCCUCAACUCCUCGGCCGCUGACUCCCAAGAUAAUGCAGCUUCGUUUCGGUGCCGACUCUCCUAGACCGUCCCCCUUCUACAGCCCCUCGACCAACCGAGUGCAGCCUUUCAGUUACGGUGAUCCUGUCACACAGCUCCAUCCUCAGCACAAACGACUUCUUAGUCAAAAACAGCAUCUGUUUCAAAGGAAGUCUCAAGGCUCUGACCCUUACUGUAACCUCAUGACGACCAAAGAAAAGGAGUGGAUCAUUCGCCUGCAAAUGAUUCAACUGCAAAGCGAAAAUCCAUACCUUGAUGACUAUUACUAUCAGGAGUAUUAUCGCCGAUUAGAAGCCAAGAUGGCGGAAGAAGAGCUUGGCAUGAGAAGCAAGAAGGAGCCACCUAAGCUCACAACGCCGUACAUCACAAAAACUGAUGCAUACGCACCAGUUUUCCAUAUCGAAGGCUCUCUGGGUCAAGUCGCUGUGUCCACGUGUUACUCUCCUCGUCGUGCCAUUAGUGCAGUUAAUGCAGUUCAGACUCAUUGUCCUCUAGAGGAACUAAAAGACACCAGACAACAGCGACUGGAGAUUCUCAGCAAAAUAGAAAAGUUGUUCAUAGUUCUGCUUGAGGUGGAGGAAACGGAGAGGAUGAAGACCCCAGUUUCUUCUGAAGCAGAAGAUGCAAUGUUGUUGGAAAAAAUCCAGAGGAAAGUUGAACACAUCUACUCAGAGCUACAGCACCAUGAUUCUCUAGAUUCGGGAACAGAAUUUCUUCCUGUCUUGAGUGUAUCGAAAGGCAAAAAGCUCCUUGCUCGUCUUCUGCCGUUCUUAAAGAAUGAUUCAGCGAUAAAGAUCUUGCACAUCAUUGCAUCUAACCUUCCUACAGUGAUGAGCAAAGAUACUGAGGAGACCCUUCCAGUGCUUUAUCUGCCGCUCCGAAACGUGAUUGGUGGACUGACGUUCAGCCAGCUCAUCAAAGUCCUCAGAGAUCUUACGUCUUCAGAGUCUCUGUCAACAUUGGAGUGCCUUUCUCUGGCCUGUCAGAACAAGUUUGGGCUGACCCUGCUGUAUGCUCUUCUUUCCCACGGGGAGAAACUGCUUUCAUCAGGUGUUCCUCUUGAGCCCAGCAUUGGAGACUUUGAGACCUGGACUGACAUCAUUUUCCAGGUAGCAGGGCAGUUGUCCCAGUGUUCGCUGGUGGAGCCGCUUCUCCUUCCUUCAAACCUGCUAACACUCUUUUGCAGGUAUCUUGACAAGCGUACUGUGCAUCAACUAAAAAGCAACUUGGAGUCUGCAACUGGGUGCCUGGCUCUACCAUCUUAAGAAGAAUGGUAUCCAGAGAGAUGCUAAGACAAAGUCCAGGUUAUGGUGAACCCUAGAUGGGAAGAAG